CCACGACCAUGUCUCGACCACAGCCGACCUCCUCGCACUGCCCUCACCAUACCACAGAUACCAUAGUUUAAUACCAAAACGUUUGCUGUAAUGUCACUCCCACCUGUCCGCUAUACCAUCCUCGACGGAGGCAUGGGCACGACCCUCGAAGAUUCGGGCCACAACGUUUCUUCCAACCUCUGGUCGUCCGACCCGGCACUGAGGAGCGCCGUGAGGGAUGUGCAUGCUGGAUUUCUGGACGCUGGGGCCGAGAUGAUCGGGACGGCUACGUAUCAAGCCUGCGAAACUCUCUACACGCAGGAUGGCGCCAUGUCAUCUGACCGAGCUCACGAGCUCAUGCUCAGUCAGGUGGGCGUUGCGGAAGAGGCUGCGAGGCAGGCGAGCCAGGGUCGAAUGAGUGAUGUAGGGAGGGGGAAGGUGGGAUUGUGUCUAGGACCCUUCGGGGCGACCUUGCAGCCGGGACAAGAAUACUCUGGUCUCUACCCACCGCCCUGCGGUCCCUCCUCAUCCAGCACGACCUGCUCAACCGUAUCAUCCUACACUUCUUCCCUGACCGCUCUGCGAGAAUUUCACCUCUCCCGCCUCCUCACCUACGCUCAAGACCAGGCCACGUGGGAUUCCCUGGACUGGGUCUGUUUCGAGACGAUUCCGCUGCUUAGGGAAGCUCUGGCUAUCAGGCUGGCUAUGAGGGAUCUUGAAGGGAAGCUAGAUGAGAUGUAUGGAUCGGAUGGGGGAAGGAAGAAGUGGUGGAUGGCCUAUGUCUUUCCCUCGGGCAAGUUCCCGGACGGGUCGACCGUCAAACAGGUCGUUGCCGCCAGCGUCUUGCCUCGACCGUGGGCCGCUCAGGAAUUGGGCCUGUCAACCAAGGACCUCGGCUUCGACAACGGGGACGAGACGUCCAGCAUCACCGAACUGUUCCAGGACCGACUCCCCGUCCCGCAAGCGAUCGGAAUCAAUUGUACCUCUCCUGCGCAUAUCCGUCAGCUCUCACGGGAUUUCACUCAGUCUGUUGAAGAGAUCCUCUUCUCAGGCCACCUAGACGCAGCAGAGGGAGACAUCGGAUUCGUGCUGUACCCCGACGGAGGCCUGAUCUACAAUACCACCACACGAUCUUGGUCUGUCCCCACUGGCGUGGCAACUGCUGGAGGAGAGGGUAACGGGAGCUGGGCGAGGAAUGUGGCGAUAGUCGCUCGCGAGGUCGGGGAAGCCACACGGACGACGAGCCCUGCCGGUGGCAAGGAGGAAAAGACGGCACGGGUUUGGGGCGGUGGAGUAUUGGUUGGGGGCUGCUGCAAGAACGGGUUCGAAGAAAUCAAGGGCUUGAGGGAUGAGCUGAAGCCGAGGGAGGGUUGAACGGCGAGCUGGAUGGCUGACAUAGCAGGCGAAGACCAGCUCUAUGAUCAUUUCUACAUGAUAAAAUAUUACGACAAAUAUGACAAUGCAACAAGAACAAACAUGCACAUGCACAU